CGUCGACGUCGAGGCCCGGCCGCGUCCGCCUCCUGCCCGCCUCCCGGGAAACGGGCGCCGCGGGCAGCCCUGGAAGGGAAGAGGUCUGGCCGGCCGCGCCCCCGCCGCCUCCGCACAGCCCUUGCUGCUGCGGCCGCGGGAACCCCCGGAGCCGGGAGCUGGCCCGAUCCCCGAGCGCUCGCCCCUGCCUAGCUCUUAGCGCCCCCCCGCGCCUCCUCCCUCGGAGCCCCGGAGCCGCAGGUCGGUGACUGGACCAGCCGGGAAGGGAGGCGGGGCGGGCUCUGCUCGCCAAGCGCUCAGCGCAGACUUUUUUCUCUUUCCGUUUCGCGAUCCUUGGGACCUCCCAGGGCUGGGAGCUGCGCGCCCCACCCGGCCCGCGAGAGGAUGGCAACUGCCGGGGGUCCGGAGGCGGAGCCGCGAAUGUCGGGGCGGGGGGCGCGGGCCGGGCCGAGCGCCGCCCCCACCCGCCCCGAGGAGGGCCCAGGUUCCGGCCGGCCCUCAGUGCCCCGCGUCCCCUCCUUGCCCCGCGUCCCUGCCCCGCGUCCUCCCGCGCAUUCCGUUCGUGCCUUAGCCGCGCCAAGGCCCGGGCCGCGGCCGGACAGACCGCUGGGCAGCCCUCGGAGAAGUGGGAAGAGAGGAGAAAACUGGCGAAAAGGUGGUUUCCUGGGAAAGAGCGCCCUGGGGAGCCGGACGCCGUGGGGGCCGUGGGAACUGGAAGUAAAUAGCCAGUGUGCCAGCAGCGCUUGACUCUAGGUGGUGAGGAUAAGUGCUCUUGUAACGACGGGACUAGCCCAAAUGGGCCUACUUUGUUUAUAACAAAAUGUUGAGUUACCUUACAGGUAUAGCAGAGCCAAAAACUCUUAAGUCACAAAGCCCUAGGCAUGCACAAUAGAAAAAGAUUUGAUCUCACAACGCUGGCAGCAGCUAUUCGUCUCCUUGGAACGAAGAAGACUGGGACGUGACUGGAACCCGAACAUGCGAACUCUCAGAAGGGAAGGGUCUCUGGGCCCAGAAGAUAGGGACUAAAAUCCACCUCGACAUACUUACCAUAAAUGGCCAAAUUUGAAGGCCGUCAAACAGACCCUGCCAAGCCAACAUCCCUAACUCCUUUCCUUUGCCCUCUGCUUCCUUAAAACUUGCCCCAGACCCCAAAUCAGGGAGAAAGAUUUGAACCUGCCUCCUGUCUCCUUGCCGGCUGGUCUUGCAAUAAAGCCUUUCUUUUCUCAAAAGCCAGUACCAUGGUAUUGGCUUCUGUGUACAUCGGGCAGUGAGCCUGAGGCAGGAAAACAGGGUCGGGAGCCUGGGAACAUAGGACCAAUUCACGCUUCAGCUGUAACAGGAAAUAACCUCUCCAAAGGGUAUACGCUGUAAAAGACUUGACUUUAUUCUACAUAUUUACAUCGGGUGUAAGCGAAGUAACCAAUGGAAUCCUCUAGGGGGUAUUUAAACUCCCCAAAAUUCUGUAAUGGGGCCUUUGAGCCCCUAUGCUCGGGCUGCUCCCACGCUGUGGAGUGUAUUUUCAUUUUCAAUAAAUCUCUUUCAU